AUGGAGGAUGGGACCCAGGUUUCCACCCUGGAGAGAGUGUGUAAAGAGGUCCAAGCGCCUGCCUUUCAGACUCCCACAAACGAACAAUUUUGGUCGCCAGCGGACCCGUCGAAGCCAAAUUUACAGUUCCUCAAACAGCAUUUCUAUCGCGAAGGACGGCUGACCGAAGAUCAAGCGUUAUGGAUUAUACAGGCCGGGACAGAGCUGUUGCGCGCAGAGCCAAAUUUGCUAGAGAUGGAUGCUCCAAUUACUGUAUGUGGUGACGUGCAUGGCCAAUAUUACGACUUGAUGAAGUUGUUCGAGGUUGGAGGAGACCCGGCAGAGACAAGAUAUCUAUUCUUGGGCGAUUACGUUGACAGAGGUUAUUUCAGCAUUGAGUGCGUUUUAUACCUAUGGGCUUUAAAGAUCUGGUAUCCUCAUACCCUUUGGCUAUUACGCGGGAACCACGAGUGUCGCCAUCUCACCGACUAUUUUACGUUCAAAUUAGAAUGUAAACACAAAUACUCAGAACGAGUGUACGAUGCAUGCAUGGAAUCAUUUUGCUCACUUCCAUUGGCUGCGAUUAUGAAUAAACAGUUCCUCUGUAUUCACGGUGGUCUCAGCCCUGAGUUGCAUACUUUGGAGGAUAUUAAAGCUAUCGAUCGCUUUAGAGAGCCCCCUACUCACGGGUUAAUGUGUGAUAUCCUCUGGGCGGAUCCUCUUGAAGAUUUCGGCACGGAAAAAACAGGCGAGUACUUUGUCCACAACAACGUCCGAGGUUGUUCGUACUUCUUCUCCUAUCCUGCAGCUUGUGCGUUCCUUGAGAAAAACAAUCUGUUAUCAAUAAUUCGCGCCCACGAAGCCCAAGACGCCGGAUACAGAAUGUAUCGGAAAACUCGAACUACCGGUUUCCCCAGUGUGAUGACCAUUUUCAGCGCUCCCAACUACCUCGAUGUGUAUAACAACAAAGCCGCGGUUCUCAAAUACGAGAAUAAUGUCAUGAACAUCCGACAAUUCAAUUGUACACCCCACCCGUACUGGCUUCCGAAUUUUAUGGAUGUGUUCACCUGGUCUCUCCCGUUUGUUGGCGAGAAGAUUACCGACAUGUUGAUUGCGAUUUUGAAUACAUGUUCAAAGGAGGAGCUUGAGGACGAACCUUCUUCGUUUUCUUCUGCCCCUGCAUCGCCGCCUCUUCCGAUGGACACCGACAGUACAGAAUUCAAGAGGCGGGCCAUCAAGAACAAAAUCCUGGCCAUUGGACGUCUAUCCCGUGUUUUCCAAGUGUUGCGUGAAGAAUCUGAACGCGUCACGGAGUUGAAAACCGCAUCCGGCGGCCGUCUGCCUGCAGGAACACUCAUGCUUGGUGCAGAAGGUAUCAAACAGGCAAUUCACAAUUUUGAAGAUGCACGCAAGGUUGAUCUGCAGAAUGAACGACUACCACCUUCGCAAGAGGAAGUCAUGAGGAAGGCGGAGGAGGACCGAAGACAGGCUUUGGAGCGCGCUGCCCAGGAAGCAGAGAAUGAUACCAGCCUUGCUACCGUGGCUCGAAGAAUUAGCAUGUAA